UUAUUUUGUAAUAUUGGCCACCAUGCUGAGUGACAUAUUUUUGAAUUUGAAUCUUUGAAUUAGACAAAGACAGAAGACAGAAAUAUAUUUGAAUACAAAGGUUGAUUUGAAAAUUAUAAACAUCAACUAUUUAUUAAUAUUUUUUUACAGUUAAUAUAGGAUACGUCUUAAAAGUAUUUAAACUUAAUCAUGUCGGAUGAAUGUAUAAGUCUGGAUUCUUCAGAAGAGCCUUACCUUAUUAGGAAUUUGAAAGGGCACAAAAAGCCUGUUACAGACAUCUCUUUUAGUCCCUCAACAACACAAUUUGCCAGUGGCAGUGAAGAUCAUUCUCUAAUGGUAUGGAAUCAGUCUAAUGUUAGAAGCUACAGCUUUUGUGGUCAUUCAGACAUCAUAACUGGAGUAGAAUUCUCCUCCAAUGGAAAAUUAGUUGCAACAUGUUCAAAAGAUCAAACUGUAAGAUUUUGGACUCCCUCAGUCAAAGGAGAUACAACGAGCUUUAAAGUACAUACCUCUUGUGUAAAUUGUUUAAGUUUCAGUCCAGAUAACUCAAGAUUAAUCACAGGUUCCAAUGACAAAAGUAUAAAAGUGUGGGAUGUAUCAAAGAAACAGUUCAUAACAAGUUUAUUAGGUCACACUAGCUGGGUACAGAGUGUUAAGUAUUCAUCAUGUGGUAGUUUUAUUGCUUCAUGUGCAGACGAUCAUUCUCUGAGAAUGUGGGACAUUAAUACUGGUGAAUGCACACACAAACUCGGAACAGCUAACAACAAUCCUACCUGCAUAGCUAUCCAUUCAAAUAACAAUCAUGUUGCUGUAGCAAUGAACUCUGGUUCAGUUAGAGUGUACGAUAUUCGAAAUGAAAAACUGAGACAGCAUUACACCCUUCACGAAGGUGCAACGAAGUGUGUGGCAUGGCAUCCAACUAAAAACGUUUUACUUAGUUGUGGAGAAGAUGGUAAUAUUAGAAUUGUAGAUGUUAUGGAAGGAAGACCCAUAUUAACUUUGACUGGACAUACGGGUUCAGUGAAUACUUGUAAAUUUAGUACUGAUGGUGAAUUACUUGCUUCGGGUGGAGAUGAUCAACUUGUUAUGGUGUGGAAAACGAAUUUGUAAUUUUUAUGUGUAGACAUUUCGUAAAUGAUAAAUUAAGUUAAAGUAGUUGCUUUUACAGUAUUGUGAAUUGUGUACUUUUGUAUUGUCAAAUUUUGUUAUUUGCAAUUAAAUGGCAUAUAUAUCA